AUGGACCACCCGGUGACACAACAGAAACGACGGGCCCUGGCGAUGGGUCCUGCAGCCUCGCAGCAGCACGGAGGGCGCCCCGGUGGGGAGGAACCGCCUCGCAGCGCCCACAAGAAGCAGGAGUACCUGGAGAUGAGGAUCGAGCGGGAGCUGGCGGCAGCCCGGCAGCACGGCACCAAGAACAAGCGAGCUGCCUUACAAGCACUGAAGAGAAAAAAGAGAUAUGAGAAACAGUUGAGUCAAAUCGAUGGGACACUUUCAACCAUUGAGUUCCAGAGAGAGGCACUUGAAAAUUCCCACACCAACACAGAAGUGCUCAAGAAUAUGGGUUAUGCUGCACAAGCUAUGAAAAAAGUGCAUGAAAAUAUGGACUUGAACAAAAUUGAUGAUUUGAUGCAAGAUAUCACUGAACAGCAAGAUGUUGCUCAGGAAAUUUCAGACGCCAUCUCAAACCGAGCUGCCUUUGGUGAUGAGUUUGAUGAGGAUGAGUUGAUGGCAGAAUUAGAAGAACUGGAGCAAGAAGAAUUGAACAAGGGAAUGAAAGAUGUCAGACUGCCAAGUGUUCCGUCCACAUCACUGCCUUCUCGCCCUGCAUCGACCAGGAAGAGAGCAGAAGAUGAAGAUGAAAUGAAGCAGCUGGCUGCCUGGGCUUCAUAAGAGUAUGGUCUUUUUAUAACACUGAACACUAUAGUGCAGAUGUAAAGAGCUGUAAUGCUGUUUUAUAACCAUACCGAUUUAGUGUGGUUGCAUUUCAUGCAGGCUGGGUUUUUUAUGGCCAAUCUUGCUAAGAAUAGUGUUACUGCUGUAUUACAAAACUAGUUUAAAACCAAACGAAAAAUGCAAUGGUUGUCAAAACCUCCAAGCAUCAAAUUUGGCCAGAGAUUUGUUUCUUUAUUGGUAUCAGUUUUUAUUAGGUAAUGUCUUAUUAUAUCUGUCUGGUUUGUAAAACCUGUGUGCCUCACUUAAUGCAUGCAGCCAGAUUCAUUGUUGAAAUGAAAAAGUUAAAGAAGUCAUCAAAGCCCUAUCCUGGAGGGUUAUUGGUUCAGACUAUUUGAAUAUUAGCAAAACAGCUUUAUACAUGUCCUGACUUGGAAGUUUCUUUGAGCCCAGGAGCUAAUAGCAAUUCAUUUGGGCAUGGAGAUUUAAACAGUCUGCCUGAAGGAACUUAUGGUGUCCUAGAUACUAAGAGUUUUUUUGAAGUGGGAUAGGUUUUUUUUUUUAUUUUAGCUUUGCCAGAAUAUCCCUUGCACUUCUAUAGGUCAACUUGAAUCAUGUUUUGAACUAUUUCCAACUUAGUUAAAGAACAGUUUUACAGUGAUUGGGGAAAAUGAAAUGCCCAAGUUCUUAUAGAUCACUGCCAAACAAAACUGAAUUCUGCUAAGUCAAAAAUCCAAAAGAGGUUUGACCUUAUUGUGUUCUUCUCAUCCACUGUGUCUUUCUAGGGUGAGUCUCUACUUCGUAUGGUAAUACCCAUCCUCAAAAUAAUUAGUAACACAUUUUUUUUAUUUACACAAUUUCAAAAUAGUUUUAAUUUCUGAGCAUUCAGUUCUUUUACUCAUUUUCUGAACAGAAAUAAUACCAGUGUGUUGUAUUUGAAAUACCUUUCUAAUGCUUGUUUGAAAGCUGAUUCUGGAUUGUAAAGUUGACGUGUUGUUGUCCAACUGAUAGCUUUUUACCUUAAGGAACAAAUGCCACCCUGAGUGCUAAACUACUGCAUAUAUAGAGAAAUCGCUGUUCAAAACAAAAAUUAAAUGGGCUCCUUUGUACUAACAAACUCUAUUAAGUAAGACUUAAGCUCUAUGCUAGUAGCCUGCGGUCAAUCAUAAGGAAAUAGUAACACACUGUGGAGUUCCUAGGGAUGUGGGAAGCAUAGUCACAUUGAUCUAGGUUUCUUGUUUUCAGAUUAAUUUAAAUUUACUGAUGAUUGAACCACUUGGGGAAUAAUGGGAAACUUGGUUUCUGUAGAUCUACAGCAAUAGAAGACUGACCCUGUGGGCUUCAGCCUGUGAUUUGCUGGGUAUUUAGCUUUGACAGGCUACAACAGGCCUCAGCUUACUGGAUUUUAGGUUAAGCAUAAGCUAAUGUGUGUUUCUGGACAUGGCGUGCUGGCAUGCUCAGAACCUUUCAAGUUGAGUUCCCUGGAUGAAACCCAAAAUUAUAAACCCUGUGGAGAGAUUCAGCUUUUCAGGACUUUUGCAUUCUCUGUAGUCGAAUUGCUUUUGGUUUGCAUCCAUGUGAAAGGAGAAUCAAAUGUUGCCACUUUACUUUGGAUAAAUUUCCCACUGGAAAAAAAGAAGUGUGUUAAUUCUGUCCCAAAGUUUGGAGGUACCAGGAAAAUUGUCCCUUUCUGUUGAGAGUAAAGAAAACCUGGAUCUAUUCAAUUUUUGUUUUAGAACAACAAAAACGAAAUAACUGCCUUAAAUUUGAAAAUACAUUUUGACCUCUCAGUAGGAAACGAAACACAAAAUGUUACUCGGUUUUAAUGCUUGCUGAAAUUUAUGACGAGAUGCCAGCUGAAAGCAGCCAUAUUUAAUAAAAUAACAACUAUUCUGAGUUACUUAGAAUCCAUUUGCUAAUCCUUUUGGCUGGAAUCCUGUUUUCAAGGUAUGCAGUCUAUGCAAGUCUCUAAAUUGGGUACAGAAAGUAUUACCGUACACUGCAUCACUGUGCAAGGCUGGCUGUGUACUUGUGGACACAUCUGGUAUUUCUAAAUGCGAGGCCAUGCCAACAUAGUCCCGUGCUUAGCUUGGAAAAGCUGUCUUCUAGCAUCUGUUCUUGGUCAAAUUAGUAGUUUUCCAAUACUUGGCACUUACAUAGCACUUAACAUAUUUAAAGUGCUCUACGACUUAACCAGAAUAUGUGUCUCAGCUUUCAGUUUGAGACUAAAGUGAUUUUCAGUCUACUUUGGAAAAUGUGGACCCGCUGUUUUUGUGCAAGAACUUUUCAUGUGAACACCCUGCAGGGGAGGAGAAAUCCUAGGGAAGAUCUUCUCCCUUGCAAGCUAGCAUGACUGCUGACCUCCAGCAGUGUUUUGGCCAGGCGUUGAUCCUGGGAAGCUUCAUAUGGCUUAUUGAUUUCAGACUAGGCACUUCAGGAACAAAAUGUGUGAAGGGCGAAGAAAAGAAACUGGUCCUUUGGGUGAGUUUCUCUAACAGCUUGUGUGUAGUAGCUGGUGAUUCUGGAGGACAGAGUCACAUACCAGUUCACAGACUAGGACGUGUGGUUGGCGAAUCUAUGCUCAGAGAUAUGUAGUCAUGUUCACAAACCAAAAUACAAUAUGGACCUCCACAACUGGAAUGCUUGUUGCCAUAUUUCUUUGGGAGACAGUAGAUGACUGGAUUUCUUCAAAAGCAUAGGGGUUUUAUGGAUUUAAUUCAACCGGGGAGCUGGUUCUUUCCUGUGUAAAUUCAGGUGACACUGGGACAAAUGGCUCUUCCUUUUUUGAACAUAUGCGUCUCUUCAUGCCAGUAUGGUAUUUGUUUAGUAUAUAAGCAGACAAGAGUGAAUAGUGUCAACAUGUUAUUGUAAAUGUACUGCCUAGUAACUGGAAUAUAUUUUACAAGAGGACUGUGGAAGCAGAUGGUGUACUCUAGCUGACUUCCUUUCUUGUUUAUUAUUUAUUUUGAGAAUGUAUUCUUCUCUUAACAGACUUGGACAUUUUUAAUCUGGAUAGCUUUAAAAGGGGGAAAAUAUAUUAAUAAAAAGUGAAAAUAAUAUAUAUGCUAUAAAUAAAUAUUUUGGUGUCAUAUUUGUGCUGUAUGAUUGUAUUAAAUUUAUUUUCCUGUCAAGAAGAACUGUAAAUAAUCUUCUUACACUGUCACUAGGAUACAGUGCUCUUUGGAGGAUGUUAGGCUAUUUUGAAACAUUUUUUGCUGUAUUAGUCUUUCAACAUCAGG